AUGGACAUCGAGUUUAAGUUCUCAGAAGAAGAAGAACUUUCGGAUGUUGAACAGUUACAAGAAGAGUUCAGAAAUUCAAAUAGUGAAGAUUAUCUUAAGACAGGAGAUGAAUUUGAAAAUUGGAACUCAGUUAAAAGGCAAAAAAUAGAUACAGAAGAUACUUGUGAACGUGAAAGUGUGAAAAUAAACUGUUCAUGGAGGAUCAAUUUUGAACUCACUAAUGGAAUUAUAUGUAUUACUUCUAUAUACAAAGAACACAAUUAUUCAUUACAUAAAAAUAGAAACAUAGCAUCAAACCACUAUCUUGAUACAGAAAUACUUGAAGAAAUCAAAUUCUUAGUUAGUGUUGGUUGUAGAGCAGGUCCCAUUAUUUGUGCACUUUAA